AUGAAAAAACUUUUGAAAAAAUUUCCAAUACCAUGAAGGAGAGAGGCCACACCAGGGACUCAGUGCAGUGCAGAGUGAAAGUGAAGGAGCUCAGACAAGCCUACCAGAAAACCAAAGCAGCAAACGGAAGAUCCGGAUCAGGGCCAAAAACAUGCCACUUCUACUCUGAGCUGCCUGCAAUUUUAGGGGGCUGCGCCACCACUACCCCACCCUUGUCUGUGGAUUCCGAGGUGGGGGUUAUAACCUCAACCAUGGAUGAGGAUUCAGCGGAGGGGGAAGAUGACAAGGAGGAAGAGGAGGAAGAACUUGCAGAGACCAAACAGCACUCCAUUCUCCCCAGCAGCCAGGAGCUUUUUGUGACCCAGACGGAAUUACCGUCCCUGCCCUCCCAAGCCACUAGCCCAGACAGUGAAGCCAUGGAAGCGACCUCUGCUGCAAAUUUUUCAAGCCUCCCUACUCCAUCCCGAAGGCUAGCUCAGAUAAGGCGGAGGAAGAAGAGGACACGAGAUGAAAUGUUCACAGAAAUCAUGGCAGUAAUCCGCAAUGAAAGAGCUCAUCUGGGGGAGUGGAAGGACGUGGUAGCAAAGUACAGGAAAGAUGCCAGUGAACGUGAGGACAGGAGGGACCAAAGUGAGGAUAGGAGAGACGCUCGAGAUGAGAGGUGGCGGCAGGAAGUUAAGAGGUGUAGGCAGGAAGAUCAGUGGUGGCGGGAUGCAACACUGGAGCUGCUGCGUGAUCAAACUGACAUCCUCCGACGUCUGGUGGAUCUUCAGGAGGAGCAGCGGGGUCACAGAGUGCCGCUGCAGCCCAUGUUUAACCACCUUCAGUACUCACCAUGUUCCAUAUCUUCCACACCCAGACGUGUAGGAACGCAUGGGGGAAGGCUUUGUGCACCAGCCCACUCCACGCCCGUGGACAGUCCAACCAAAAGGCUGUCAUUACAUUGAAAUGUGCUUAAUGGCCUUUUCCUUCCCUCCUAUCCUCCUCCCAAACCACUCCCGGGAUACCUUGUUAUUUCUCUUACUGCUUUUAUAAUUACAUGCUUUUUAAAUGAAGGGGGAGGGUGGGUUGCUUACAGGGAAUGACUUUUAAUAAAGAAUACAUGCUUUUUAAACGAUAGUAACUUUAUUUCCAUAAGCAAGCUGUAAUCAAAGGGGGAGGGUGGGUUGCUUACAGGAGGAGUCAAUAAAGGGGGGGAGGUUCAUGAAGGGGAAACAAACACAGCAGUCACACCGUACCCUGGCCCGUGAUGAAACUCGUUUUCAAGGCUUCUCUGAUGCGCACCGCUUCCUGGUGUGCUCUUCUAAUCGCCCUGGUGUCUGGCUGCGCGUAAUCAGCGACCAGGUGAUUUGCCUCAGCCUCCCACCCCGCCAUAAAGGUCGCCCCCUUACUUUCACGGAGAUUGUGGAGCACACAGCAAGCAGCAAUAACAAAGGGGACAUUGGUUUGGCUGAGGUCUGAGCGAGUGAGUAACGUUCUCUAGCGGGCUUUUAAACGGCCAAAUGCACAUUCUACCACCAUCCUGCACUUCCUCAGCCUGUAGUUGAACAGCUCCUGACCACUGUCCAGGCUGCCUAUGUAUGGCUUCAUGACCCAUGGCAUCAAGGGGUAGGCUGGGUCACCCAGGAUAACGACAGGCAUUUCAACAUCCCCAACUGUUAUUUUCUGGUCUGGGAAGUAAGUCCCUUGCUGCAGCCAUUUAAACAGAACAGUGCUUCUGAAGACGCGAGCGUCAUGAACCCUUCCUGGCCAUCCCACGUGGAUGUUGGUGAAACAUCCCUUGUGAUCCACCAGUGCUUGCAGCACCAUUGAAAAGUACCCCUUGCGGUUUAUGUACUGGGUGCCCUGGUGCUCCGGUGCCAAGAUAGGGAUAUGGGUUCCAUCUGUCGCCCCCCCCCACAGUUAGGGAAUCCCAUUGCAGCAAAGUCAUCCACUAUGACCUGCACGUUUCCCAGAGUCACAACCUUUCGUAGCAGCAGCUUAAUGAUUGCUUUGGCUACUUGCAACACAGCAGCCCCACAGUAGAUUUUCCCACUCCAAAUUGAUUCCUGACUGACCGGUAGCUGUCUGGCGUUGCAAGCUUCCAGAGGGCUAUUGCCACUCGCUUCUCCACUGUGAGGGCUGGUCUCAUCUUGGUAUUAUGUCGUUUCAGGG